AUGGCUAGGGAAUUCCUCUCACGGGCUUCUUUCUUUUGCUGGUAUCUCUGGAGAGCUAGGAAUGAUAAGGUCUUCAAAGUUAAGGAAUGGACAGUGCAUGAAGUUAUUAAUGCUGCAGAGAAGGCGUACAAGGAAUUCGCUGGAGUGCAGAAGGUUCAACCAACUACCAAGGCGCCAUCUACAACUCAUGCUUCUCUGCCUAAUGUAGCGUGGAAACCGCCCCCUGCAGGUUUUUGGAAGGUGAAUUGUGAUGCUGCUGCGACAUUGGACAAGAGGAAGGGUGGCUUGGGAGUCGUAUUCAGAGAUUCGGCAGGUAGCAUCGAUAGAGCCAUCUCGCUGCCCCACUCUUUUAGCUCGAUCAACCAGGGUGAGGCCCUUGCCAUCAGGUUGGCCCUCUCGACUGCCUUGCAAGCUGGCUUUACUAAGUUACAAGUGGAGUCGGAUUGCCUGGAGAUCAUCAACCUGCUGUCUAACCCGGCUAUGAUAACCCAAUGGGAGGUGGCACUGAUAUUGGAUGAUAUCCGCACCUUAGCUACUUCCUUCACCAUGAUUUCUUUUGUAUAUGUUCCAAGGAGUGUCAACUAUGUUGCAAACACCUUGGCUAGGAAGGCCUUGUCGUGUGUGUGUUCGACAAACUUGCCACUUUCCACUCCGUGGCUUCAGGACUUGAUUAGGUCUGAAGCCACUGCUUGUUCACACGUUUCACUUCAAUAA